AUGUUCGCCCAGACCUUGCUCGUUCUCGGCCUCGCCCUGUCCGUCGCAGUGGCCAUUCCCAUCGAUCCCUAUGGCUCCUCCAUCUCGUAUGCAGCUCCGGCCGUAUCGUAUGCAGCUCCGGCCGUGUCGUAUGCAGCUCCUGCCAUCUCGUAUGCCGCUCCCAAGCUGCUGGCCGCCCCGGCCAUCUCCUAUGCGGCUCCAGCCAUCUCGUAUGCAGCUCCCAAGCUGCUGGCUGCCCCCGUGGCCGUGGCCAAGGUGGCUGUGGCGGAGCCCUACGAUCCCAAUCCACAGUACAGCUUCUCGUACGGCGUGACCGAUCACAAAACCGGCGACUCCAAGCAGCAGGAGGAGACGCUCGUUAACGGAGUGGUCCAUGGCAGCUACUCCCUGGCCGAGCCCGACGGCACCAUCCGCAAGGUCACCUACACCGCCGACAAGGUCAACGGCUUCAAUGCGGUCGUCGAGAAGAAGGGCGUGGCGAUCGCCAAGCCCGUCCUGGCCGUAGCCGCCGUGCCGGCCGUCACCAAGAUUGGAUACGCCUCCGGUCCCGGCCUCAGCCUGGGCGGACACUACUAGGCGGAGGAGCCCCACGAGGAGCAUGACGAACUCUCUGCCACCCUCUGGCCCAGGACCGUUGUUAAGUAGUUCUAAUACACCGAUUAACACCACUCUCCACUACCCUACUCUGCCACCGCUGAAACCCAUGAACGUGCCUGCUGUUGUCCAGCUCAUCUGUUGACCCUCUUCCCGAUCCCGAGCCUGAUCACUCUACUGAUCACUCGACACCACAGACUACACACAUGUAUAUAGGGGAUACCCUUUUCUGGGGAUCUGGGGAACGGCCAUGGGCCAACCACUUAGUGAAUUAGUUUCUGCAUU